AUGGCUUCAUUUUCUUCUUCUGCUAAGGUCAUUGUCACUUUGGCUUUCCUUGUGCUCUUCAUUGGCAGCUCCUCCGCUCAACUUUCGACUAAUUUUUACUCCCAGUCUUGUCCGAGGCUUUUCCCCACUGUGAAAUCUGCUGUGCAAUCCGCAAUAUCAAAAGAAGCACGGAUUGGCGCCUCUAUUCUGCGCUUAUUUUUUCACGAUUGUUUUGUUAAUGGUUGCGAUGGAUCACUCCUCCUCGACGACACAUCUUCUUUUACAGGAGAAAAGAGGGCAGCUCCAAAUGUCAAUUCUGCUCGAGGAUUUGAUGUGGUUGACAACAUAAAGUCUGCGGUAGAGAAUGUGUGCCCCGGUGUGGUCUCUUGUGCUGAUAUAUUGGCUAUUGCUACCAGAGAUUCUGUUGUUACUCUUGGAGGGCCUAGUUGGAAUGUAAAACUUGGAAGAAGAGAUGCCAGAACAGCAAGCCAGGCUGCUGCCAAUAGAAGCAUUCCGCCUCCAACUUCUAAUUUGAAUGCCCUCAUUUCUAGUUUCAGUGCCGUUGGCCUUUCCACCAGGGACAUGGUUGCCUUAUCUGGUUCUCACACAAUUGGACAAGCAAGGUGCACUAAUUUCAGAGCUCGCAUAUAUAACGAAACCAACUUGGACAGUUCAUUAGCUCAAACAAGGCAAGGCAACUGCCCAAGGAUCGCUGGCUCAGGUGACAACAAUUUGGCACCUCUAGACCUCCAAACUCCUACUACUUUCGAGAAUAACUAUUACAAGAACCUUGUCAACCAACGGGGACUACUUCACUCCGAUCAGCAACUCUUUAACGGUGGAUCGACCGAUUCACUUGUGAGGACAUACAGCAGCAAUCCAAGCACCUUCAAUUCUGAUUUUGUUGCGGCCAUGAUCAAGAUGGGAGAUAUUAAGCCUCUCACUGGAUCAAAUGGAGAAAUAAGGAAGAAUUGUAGGAGGAGGAAUUAA